UAUCUUCACGCGAGCUCUCGUUAUCCUCCCUCCCGCGCCGGGCUUCAUCCGGACCUCUCAUUCUUCCACGAAGAAGAAUGAAUGCUUCGGGGUAGAAACGGUGGGACUCGCGACGGAUGAGAGUUAUAAUGGCUUGCAGGAUGUAUCCUCUCAGGCAUGGGUUUCGGACGAUUCCUGAUAAUCAUCUUUCAAGAUUACACAGGCGAUCUUCAUACAACAGCAGGAAAGGGUCGGUCAUCACUGGUGGCAGUGUGUUUUCUCUGCCUAAUUCGGAACCACCAAACAGUCUGAUGCAUGACAAGCUUCACGUGAAGGUUUCUGCAGUAAGAAGGAGAAGAGCACAUCUACAGUCGGACACUUACGUCCUUUUGGAGCCCGGCAAAAGCGAAGAGUUUGUAACAGAGGAAGAACUCCGGCUGAGGUUGAAGGGUUGGCUGGAGAACUGGCCUGCCAAUGCAUUGCCACCGGAUCUUGCCGGGUUCAACACUGUUGAUGAUGCUGUUUCUCACCUCGUCAGGUCUGUAUGCGAGCUAGAGAUCGAUGGCCAGCUUGGCUCCAUACAGUGGUACCAAGUGCAACUAGAAUGAGGGGCCUGCAACAAAUACCACCAUAUAAUUAAUUAAUUAAUUAUAUGACUUGUUUGAUA